AUGACACUGUGUGAGGCUCUGAACUGCACGAGACACGGUGAGUGAGCACGCGCUGAUUUCCUUCCAUGUAUUUGUUGACUGAAGCCAAAGAGAAGGUCAAAUAGUGACGCUAAGACAGGGUGUUGUACUCGGAUAAAGAAUCACUGCAGCCGAAUACUGUGGGAGUCUACACCCUGGGAUAUGUGUGACAGGAGGACGAUGGGUUUAACUGUUUAUUAGCAGCUGUUAACAAAAAACUCUUAAAACGUGAGAGUUUUAGAGCUCACAGCAGUUCAUUGGAUUCCUGACUAAUGGCUUCAAACUGCACCAUCGUUGGUCUGCAGUUACUCAGUCUCCUCAAACCGUGAAGUUGAAAUGAUAUGAAACGUCCUUGACCGAAAGUGAAUGUAAUCCCCGAAGCCCAUGUAGUUCAUAGACACCUGUUUAAUCUGUUGGGUGGAGUCUUUUACUCAGGAACAAGUUGUUGACAUGCACUUUAGAAACUGAUAAGAAAAUGUAACUCUACUCAUCAUAUAUUCGGAUGUUGACAAUAGCCUAAAUAUGCACAUUUACAAAGUUACUUGAUGUAGUGUUGCUAUAGAUUAAUUAUUAAUAUGAGAAGCUGAAACUAACAAACAUUUGGGAAUCCCCUAUCAAGAGUAUAAUGGCAGGGGAGACCGGGGACGGCCUUAACACGAGGUGACUAACAGCACCAUUUCCCCCAAUCAGGGAUGAUAUAGGAGUCCCAUGAUCACUUCAGUGUGUGCCCACUCCCUCCCCACGAUUUCACAUGAAGAAUAUUGAUACUGUGAACAGAUGGAUCUUGAGGUAUGACAGUAAAUUUUUGGAUAGCCAUUAGACAGUGAUAUUAUUUGACUUAGAUCAGAUUAAAUUGUAGUUUGUAGAAAGCAGGAAACAGGAUAGUAAAUAUAAAAAGAGGAUAUUAAUAAUGAUAAUAAAAUCAUAACAAAAUAAUAAUGAUGGUAAUAGUAAUGAUAAAAUGGAAUAAUAAAAAUGAACAGGAAAAAACAAUAAAAUCAAUAAAAGGCCUAAAAGGUUAAAUAGGAAAAGAUCAUAAGUAAAACAAGGGCUAAAAAGACAGUAAGUCACAAUAAGAUUGAGGUAAAAGAGAUACAAGAGAAAAGACGGCAUAUUUAAAUAUUUUUUCAGAAAGCUUACAGUGUGAGAAAGACAGACAGAUAUGUCCAUGUUAUAGCUUGAAAAAAAAGCAUCUGAAGAGGUGACAGUGAAUGACAUACCAAAACAUUUUCUAACAUGAUAAAAAUGGCAUGCUGCCGAACUUGGUAACCAUCACAAAUGCACACCCUCUGUGGUCACCAUCCCCGGUCUCCCCUAACCUCUAUGUCAGUUCAGUAACUGAUCUGACAUCUAAUAACCUCAGUACAACAGUUCAAACAACUUCACAUGUCAACUUGUUGUACUGCUUACACAUAAUUACAGCCUUGAUAAGUGAUUAAUUUAUAACCCUGUCAAUACUCACAGGUAAACUGUGUCAGUCACCUGUUGUAAACUGUGAGAGGAGAAGACAGUGAAGAUUUCAGAAACCUGUUGGAGAAGCUGAAUCAAAUCCACCAUCAUGACCAAAGAGGAAGAGAUCCCUGAUUGGGUGGGAGCUAAGGAGUUUUACGACAAGUAUGAACCCAAAGAGAUCCUGGGAAGGUAUGUUUAUAGAGCACACCUCUUAAAAAGAUGGAGAGGCUGACUCAGACCUAAUGUAACAAAAUCCUUCAGCACAUGCAUUCAAGGCUGGCUUAUCACUAAAACAUUAUGAAGAUAUGUUUGCUUGGCAUCUAGUGAAUUCUCAAAAAAAAGUUUGUUUGAUUAAGACAGAAUCAAGCUUUCCAUUAACUCUUGCUUGUUUUGCACUUUUUAAAAAUUGGUUUUAACUGUUCAGUAUCUCAUUGAAUUAACCACAUUUGAACAUCUUUAACUUGUCCUGGGUAUAAAUGUUUGUUAGCAAUGUUUUGCUCACAAGGUUGUAUGUUGUUUGUCUUAUGGUGUUUUAAGGAGACAUAGCACUGCUUGGUGUUGAAUAAAAGUUGUUGAAAUACAUCAUUCCAACCAUUGAUGACUAGUUACGAUUUCAGUUUGGAUAAAACCAGAGUUGAGGCGUACAAUUUGGCACAAAAGCACCCUGAAGUUUCCUAGAAGUCCCAGAAAAACUCUCCUCCUCUUUCUCAUUGUCAUUCUUGUCCAGGAGCCACAUGGCAGAACUGUUACGUAAGCACAUAGUGUCCAAGAAGGCCACGCUCAUUAACUCCAGCGUGCUUUGAAUAAAAAGUUCAGAGCUGAGAGUUGCCCGGGAUUGGAUGGAGCACUUUAGGGGUUGCGUAAUUUCACUCCCUCUCUCACACUCAGGUCAUGGGGUCACCGGAUGUGGACAGUGUGUCCAGCUGAUGUAGUACGCUGCAUAUGGCUUGGUCAACCUCACAAACAGGGGAAGAAGAAUGUGCCUCUGAAACAAACUUUUUGCCCUGUUUUCUACAGAUAAGAGUGUGUUCAAUAAGGUUUAUCACAGCUGUACUUAAUGUGUUGCAGGAAUCCCUAACUGACGCACACAAACAUGUUUUCCUUGAAUCCGGCUAUGUAAACAAAAAACUCUGAGGAAAUAAGUAACCUGACAAAGCAGGAGAUAACAGAUGUGCUGUGUUGCUCUUCUUCAGGGGAGUUAGUAGUGUGGUGCGCCGUUGUGUGGAUAAGCGCACAUCUCAGGAGUAUGCGGUGAAGAUCAUCGACGUCACCCCAUCAGACAAAAUGAGUCCACAGGAGAUUGAAGAGAUCAGAGAGGCGACGGUGAAGGAGAUUGACAUCCUCAAGAAAGUGUACGGACAGAAAUACAUCAGUAAGCAUACCACAGAUUCUCUCUUUUCUUUUUAAUCUGCCUUCUUUAACUUCAAUUACACAUGAUCAACAUUAAGUGUCUUUGUCCCACUACAACCUUUACAUAUGUUUUCUCUCAAGUGGCUCAUUCAAAAAACCUUAAAAUCUGAAUUACACUCAACUUUCUCUCUCCUAUUUAGUACAGCUGAAAGACUGCUUCGAGUCCAAAGCUUUCUUUUUCCUUGUGUUUGACCUGUAAGUGCCAAAUCACAAGUUUCUAAUCAUAAAAAAAAAUUGCUGGUGAAAAAUAAAUUUACACCUUGGCUUAAUUUCCUUCCAUUAAGGAUGAAGAAGGGAGAACUUUUCGACUACCUCACAGAGAAAGUCACUCUGAGUGAGAAAGAAACAAGGUCAGUUUAUCUUAGUUAUUUGGUAUGUAGGAUAUUUAUUCAAAGUGAUGAAAUAGAUCCACUUUACGUGUCUGUGUGUUUGUGUUAGGAAUAUCAUGCGAGCACUGCUAGAGGUGGUCCAGUUUCUCCACAGUCAGGAUAUCGUCCACCGCGACCUGAAGCCUGAAAACAUCCUCUUGGACGAUGAGAUGAACAUCAAACUCACUGACUUUGGCUUCGCUGUGCAAGUCGCAUCAGGACAAAAGCUCAAAGGUCUGUCCAAGCAUCAAAACACUCAAAGAUCAAUUGCUGCUACAUAAAUAGAGAAUUACCACAAAAUGCAUCACAAGUAUAGUGUACCCUGCCUGCACCAAAAACGUUUUUGUUUGUAACAUGCACUGCAGCUACAGCAGCUGCUGGCAGUCAGAAGUGAGUAUGGCUCUAGUUGCACAACAAGCUCUCAUCUCUGCUCUAAGAAAGGUUAAGAUGCAACAGGAGACUCAGAUAUAUUUGCUGCAGUCACAGACACCCCAGGGUACACUGACCUUUCAAAUAGACUUCUCAGAAAGCAUCAUAUCAUUAGCAGUGGAAACUAGCUGGGCAAAUGUGUAAUCAGUAUGUACAUUAUCAGACAACACAGUGAACCCGGUUAGUAAGUUAUGUGUACGUUACUGUGGUGCUCUGGUGAAACAUGAGUUGUGAAAGUAUUCAAAUUCCAGUGGUCAAGAGGAGUAAGGGGUUGGUUGAUUGAUGAAGUUGAGGUGGUCAUUUGUUCGGUGGUGUUGGUUUGUCUAAAAUUAGAAUAACAAAAAAUCCACCAGUCAGAUUUUCUUGUGACUCCUCUUUGAGUGAUGCAAUUUCAGAUCUCACUCACAAAUAUGACCACAAGGAAGGAUUUUUUUUUUAGGUUUUAUUUUCAGUAAUCUUGGUAUUUUUGUUAAUACCAGAAUUACAGGGAAUCCUAAAAAGUUUAUUUUUACGGCUCAUAUGUUUGUCUUAUCAACAAUCAGUUUUUCAAGCUGUAGAUUUGAGUAACAACGUCUUAACUUUUGCAACACAGAGGUGUGCGGGACCCCUGGUUAUCUCGCUCCUGAGAUUAUCGAGUGCUCCAUGGAUGCAGGGCACGCAGGAUACGGCACUGCAGUGGAUAUGUGAGUACGCAGGAAAGGUUAUGAUCUGGAAUCUUGGAUAUUGUCAAGGCACUCUGUGUAUUACCAUCUGGUUCUGUCUGCAGAUGGAGCUCAGGGGUGAUCAUGUACACACUACUUGCAGGCUCUCCGCCCUUCUGGCACAGAAAGCAGAUGCUGAUGCUGCGAAUGAUCUUGUCCGGGAAAUAUGAUUUUUCUUCUCCUGAGUGGGAGGACCGCUCAGACACUGUCAAAGACUUGGUAGGCAUGAACAUUAGGUUGGUUGUGUAAUUCAAAAAAUAUAAAUCAGGACAAGCAUUGACAGUUUUUAUCUUUCAACCUGAUUUAUUUAAAAAUGGAAGCAUAAAUGAUAAUCUCUGUAUGUUACUACAUCUUAUUUGUAACAGAAAGGAGUUUACCAUGUAAAUGGCAUUGUUCCUAUUAAGUAAACCAUAUUUAAACUAAUAUCUUAAGAACCAAAGUCUUGUUUUUCCUUAGAUUUCUCGAAUGCUAGUGGUGGACCCGAAGCAGAGAUACACAGCCACAGAUGUUCUUAACCACUCGUUCUUCUCCCAGUAUGUGGUGGACGAAGUGCGGCAGUUCAGUCCUUACAGGCGCUUUAAGGUGAGACGUGAAAAUAAUCUUUUUUUAAUUUAUUUAUUCCCUUAUAUUCUUAUUUACAUUGACAGUAAUGUAAAAGUUAGGAUUUGUGCCCUACAAUGUAAUGAGUCUGCUCAAUAUUUCAAGUUUAAGCAAUUAAAGUCUGUAGAUUAGACUUUGCUGGAUAGUUUCCAAACCAUAUGUUCCUUUUGUACACAUUCAUAAAACUAAGUGUGGUGAAAAAAUAAUUUAAAGGGUAAGAAAAAUGUCAACAAAGUCAGUUUGGGAGGAAUAAGAAGUUACAUCUGUGUGAAGUCAUUAACAUGCCAAAACAUCAUGGUGAAGCAGUCUGCCCUGUUUUUAAUGAACCCUUAACUGUGUACCUGGUUCAGGUCAUCUGUAUGACUGUCCUCGCCACUAUGAGAAUCUACUGUAACUACCGUCGAGCCAAGCCAGUCACCAAGGAUGUGAUCAAGAGUGACCCCUAUGCCGUCAAACCCAUCCGCAAGCUCAUCGACGCAUGUGCAUUCAAGAUCUACGGCCACUGGGUCAAGAAGGGACAGACUCAAAACAGAGCAGCACUUUUCGAGAACACUCCUAAAGCCAUCCUGCUGUCGAUGGCUGCCGAGGCAGACGAGCCGAUGCACCACGUCUGGUAA